AUGGCAGGCCCUGCCAAGAGAAGGACACAGGCAGAGGUAGCCAUUCGGUACAUUCUGGUAAAGGUUGCAGAGUACGAAGCGGCGGUCGCGCGACUGAGUGACAAAGAAUUAGAGGCGUGGGUGUCAACGCUGAAGAUCAGACUCCAGCAUUACAAGGACAGUCUCGAGGAAAAUCGAAAAUAUGUUACAAAGGAAGAUUUUGCGACCAUCGCAGCGGAGUCGUACACUGAGCGUCACUCCAAAAAUCCCAAACUACCGCCAAUCUCCAUUACCGAUUUUGGAGAGAUUGCUGCCACAGAGACAAAGGCUUGGGAAGCCGCCAUCGAAAUCCAAGACACGAUCAAACGUCUAGAGCACGAACUCCAAGAGAAGGAGCACAAGAAAGAACAAUUACAAGCAGGAACGGGGGCAGAUCGCACUGAAUUGGGUGAGCUUUGGAUAGCCAUCGGAGGCUGCCGGGGCAAGAUUAGUGACUCUGGAUUCCAGCUUUCAGAUUUUUUCGAAACCGCAUACCAAGCAACAGCCGCCAUGAAUCUUGCCGCCAAAAGACAACUCGAUAUACCUGGAGUCGGGAGAUAUACUCCCAUGCUUCCACCCAUCAUAGUCACUGCCGCUCAAGUUCACAUCAACCUCUUCACCUCUAGCUUGAAAGCUGCCGGAGAAGACAUUGAAGUAGAUACUGCUUCCGGAGUCGUAGUCUUGGCACCUGCUACUGCGACAACUGUCGCCAAACUGGACCCGCAGCUUCGGAAGAUCGGGCUAAUGACUGCAAACUCGCGUUAUACCAACUUUGAUCAUCUUCAGCGGCGUGAUUUCAAUGUCGGCGACAUCGGCUGGUUCCCGGUUCUGCGCCCUUCUCUGGUCGCGUCUGACUCUGACAUACACACUGAAUUUGGCUACAUCCGCGCUAAGCUGUAUCCGCUGAUCAUAGUGGAAAAGCUUCGUGACAGCAUGAUAGGUUUGCUUAUCAACACGUCAGGUGGAAAAGGUCUGAGCAAGAAGGGCCCUUCUGUCCUCAACCGAAGCGUCCCAGUUGUCAAAUACCCAUAUACCCACCCCCCGCAAGCUCUAUGGGGAGAGGAGCUGUACCCGAAGCAAGUCCUCAACGUCCAAUACUCCAGCAAAUACGAUCCGCCAAUAGGCGCCUACGUCGACAUGCUCAACACCGUCAUGGUACCGUAUGAUUCAAGGUUCCGAAAGGAAGGGACGAUUGUGAAGGACGAUAUUCUUCCUCUCCAGCAGAUGCGGCUUUCAGCGCUCAUCGCAACCUCUGAAGCUGGACAUUUGGAAAGCUUGUCUGGAUUUUGUGACUGGAUAUGGAAAUGGGGAUUUCAGUUUGGUGUCUUCCCAAAGCUUGGGGAGUAUUACCGUAAAUACUAUCUGGCCAAAGUGAAAAAGGAACGGCAGCAGCAAGAGAAAGUCCAGGCUGAAGCUCGAGAAAAGGCAGAGGCUGAAGCGACGGUUAAGGCUAAAGCACGGUCGGAGGCUAAGGAACGCGAAGAGGGAAAGCAGCGUGAAGAGGCAAGGAAACGCGAAGAGGCAAGGAAACACGAAAAGACAGAAAAACGUGAAGAGGUAGAAAAGCGUGAAGAGGUAGAAAAGCGUGAAAAGGCAAAGAAGCGUGAAGAGGUAGAAAAGCGUGAAGAGGUAGAAAAGCGUGAAGAGGCAAAGAAGCGUGAAGAGGCAGAAGAACGUGAAGAGGCAGAAAAACGUGAAGAGGCAAAGAAGAGUAUAGAGGCAAAGGAGUGCAGAGAGGCCAGGAAACGUGAAGACACGAGAGAGCAAGAAGACGCGCGGCAACGCGAGGACACCAAGAAACAGGAGGAGUUGAACAAGCGUCUGGAUAUCAGGAAACGUGAAGAAGCGCGGCAACGCGAUGCUGCAAAGGUAGAGACGGAUAGGAACCUCAGGGCGUUAACGCGCUCGGCGACCUCGCAUAGCAUGUUCGCCUAA